AUGGACGAUAUUCGACUUCACGGUGGUUCGACCGACGUCUCUGCACCACACCAUCAGGUGCUUGGCCACUUGCUAAGGCAAUCCUACAACAAGAAGACAAGCAAGAACAGUACUAUCGCCAUGGCACACCGAAGCCCACGAAGUGACAUUGGGAAGACAAGAAGAAGCAACACCUUCAAGUGGUCCGAUGAUAUGAGAGUUUUCCUACAUGUUCUCUACACAGACUUUACCUACAGCAAAUCGGAGAAUGCUAUCAUUUUCAGCUCUGUUUUCGGCGAUGAGGUCCGCCAACACGGUGCGACAAACGAUCGCCUACAGGUUCUCAUGACUGCGCAGAUUCGCGAGCGCAAUCAGAUGCGCGCGAAGAUCUGGGUGGACAUUUGCAGAACAUCUUUGGACGCAGCAGAGCUCGAGCGCAGAGAACGUUUUAGAGCUAAGAUACAAGAAAUUGCGCCUUCUAGCAAGGGCCACAGUACGCGUCGACCUCAGUUAGGGACAUCAUGUACAACACCUGCAUUGCGACCGCCAUCGAAAGCAAGCCGAGCCAUUGAUCCGACCUCACGAGCUCUGGUGCCCGUAAUUCGGAGACAGCAGCCUGUCCAGAAUAGGAAUAGGAUUACUUCACUGGCUAAGCAGACACCAUCGCCAAAGAGGUCGAAUAAUGUCACAGCCGUGCAGAAGGUCCAGUUCACGCAAUUCCACGGAAAUGUCAUUGAUGUCACUCCGAAAAAUCGGGCGCAGAUCACGAAAGAUCUGAUUCCGGUUCAAGCUCAAGAAGCCCAUCCACUGAUGGGCGGGCUUGUCUUCCGAUAUUGGGCAAAGGACAGAUCCUCCGGCAUCAACAGCGAGAACGGUUUCGUUGCUCGAAAAUACGCCAACCGCGUUAUCUUCCCUCAACCGCCUCCCUCGUGCACUUCUCUCGACUGGACAGAAUUGUUCUAUCACAUCGACCGCAUCGGAAUUCAGGAGAAAUUCGAAUCACCAUAUAUAUCGGUAUCGAACUCCAUGAUAUGGACCAUCCGCUUAGCUUUGAGGGAGAUCGAGGACAAUCCUGGCUGUCAAGGCCGUAUCUCCGUAAUUGAUGCAAGCAGUCUGGCAAGAGGAUCACUAUAUUACGUCCCUCCCUACCAUCGAGAAAUGAAGAAAAGCUUUGAAUUCACCGCCGGCUCAUGGCGUUACGCCGGGACGCAUGAGUUCAUCGUCUGGAAAGAGAUUCCACGUAGAGCGAUGCUUCACACGUUCACUGUCAAAGACCUCAUGCAAUUUGUUCAACACAGUGAGGUCCUUCGAGAGACCCUUCGCUUUGACUUGAUUACAAUGACCCUUGAUCUUAAGUCCAGAAUCAUCCCUGCGCUGGAACAGCGCAACUUGGGCCUUACGAGUGAGCUCGUCGAAGCCUUUGCAAGACUUGCCAACCUAAUGGGCUUUACGACUCAGUCUAGCAUCGAGCAUAUCUCAAACCUGCUUUGCGAAUUGUGCCAGGGCUGGGCCAUCAACCUUGUCCGGCAUACCGACAGCCAAUGGAAUCAUCUCGCCGGCAUCUUCUCAAAUGCUCUUUUCACUGCCGAUGGAAGACCACCAAACGUUCGCGACGAGAUGUGCUUGAAACGCGGUUUCCUCGAUGGUGUGGCGUUCGGUUCGUCAGCACACUUCAAUACUCGACACAGCGAGAAGACAAUAAAUCUGAUGUAUAAGCAAGCAAGAGCAAUUGGUCUAGGUGAUCCAGGCAAAAUAAUCAUGGACGAGCUCGCCUCGGCUCAGCUUGCUCUCAUGAUGUUCGAGAAGAGACAGCAGAAGACACUGCCUGGCUACAAGACCCAACUCCUCCUUCAGGGCCCGGCUAACGAUGAAGGGUUUGCAUCUGCAGACGAGGAGGAAGAGGAGAACGAGGAGGAUACAAUGGUCGUGAAUCAACCAAUGCUUCGUAACCGAGCGGUAAGAUUCAUGAUGGAGGAAGAUGCGACGAUGGAUUCGGAUGAUGAGAUGGUCUCGUAUGAGUUUGGCGAUGAUGGCCGUGUUGUCUAG